AUGUUUUAGGAUUGCUUUUCUAUGAAGAACAUAUCAUGGUAUGGUGGAGCAACCCUCAGUGCUCAACGAUGGCCGAUGAACUAUGGCAAUGUGGCUUUACAGCCAUUUGUGAUUAGUAAUCUCAAGUCCAGUCCUGGUGCCUAUGGAUCUGUUUUGGAAAGAUACUUCCUGGGAUCAACUGGUGUAUCAGUGGUGGUUAACCCACGUGUUCCAGUUUUCAUGUCCAUUGAGAAAAACAAGUCAUUUUGUGUGAAGACACCAGCCAGCACAGAGAGGAUCCCUCUACAAUAUACGAUAUGCAUUGGGCAGAAUAUCCAAUCUGUUCAUCAGGAUGUAGGAAUCCAGCUUUAUGAAAACCAAAGGACGCUUCCAAAUAUCAAUAUUUUUAGGAUGCCAGUUUGGAGACACUAUGGUGUAUCAGAUUCUGCUGCAAAACUUGAAAGAGAAGUCAAAUCGUUCCAUAAUAAAUUAAAGAGACAUGGCCUGGGAGAAUGCCUCAUUUCUCUCAAUGAACAUUCCACUAUGUUACUUUCUAGCAAGGACCACAUACCUAUUACAGACCAAGCAGGAGAGACUCACAGACAUCACAAGGAUCCAUAUACCCUUAAGCAUCUCAAUCUCUCAGUAACCACAUCUCCAUAUGCAAGUUUUAACUCUGAGGAACUUCAAGAUUAUCUGCAUAAGAGACAGGAAAACUACUGGCUCAGUCUCCCUUCAAAACUAGAUGGAUCAAUGGUUCCAAUUCUGACGAGAUGGAAAGGCCAGUUUUCUGUGAGAUUAAAUAUAACCAACAAUGUUGCCGCUACAUGGUACUUGAACAAUGUAAAAAGCUUGAUCAGCAAACUUGGUGCUAAAUACAUCAUAUUUGAAGGGGUAGAAGGCAACACAUUUCUAGAACAAUCCAUACAACCUCCCAGAGGAUUUGAGGGUGACCGGUAUACUGAAAUGUUAGUUGGAGAAGUGACAAAGUUGGGAAAUUCUGCCAUAGUUACAGCAAAUACAAGGUCCAGCUAUUUACCAUUCUUUUCUCAAAUGAGCCCUCUACAGUCAGACUGGAGCUACAAUGGACUGAAAGGAAUUGUCCCAUCAGUGCUGCACUACAGUUUGCUAGGAUACAAUUUUUUCAUUCCAGAUGCAAUAGGUGGCACUCUAACUAGAGAAUUUGUAACAGAGGAAGAACUGUUUAUCCGUUGGUUGCAAAUUGUCACAUUUCUACCUGUGAUGUCUUUUAAUACACCUCCGUGGGUUUGCUGUGACAACUGGGUACUGAACCUUACAAGACAGUACAUACAAAGGCACCAUGACUUGGUUGUUCCCCUUUUGAUGAAAUAUACUUAUGAGUGGCUUAGGACAGGGAAUCCCAUCUACAGGCCUGUAUGGUGGCUCAGCCCAGAGGACCCAGUGGCUUUCACAACAGAUGAUGAGUUUCUUAUUGGAGAUGAGAUGCUGAUUGCACCAAUCACGGAAAAAGGUCACUUCCACCGAGAUAUCUACCUUCCUGGAAAGGAUUACAGAUGGAUGGACACCAAUACGUCACAGGUCUUUGAUGGAGGAACCAUCCUACAAAACUAUAGCUGUGGCCUGCAGGAAAUUCCAGUUUUUAUAAAGAAAAUCUAAUAUAUGCAAAACUGUUACAGGUACCAACCGCCAUUAGAUUUUGUUUGCCAGUACAAGUGAUUUGAAGCAUGUUUUCCAUAAUGGGUAAAG